GAGAGGUUUCAGCACUCAAUCUGCCAGAAUGAACUGGAAACAAACCAGUUCCAUCUCAGUCCAGUUUAACCACAGAGGAGAGAGGGAGCAGGAGGGACAGACUGAGGGAAGGUGCCAGGGAUAAGGUGUGCUACUGUAGAGACAGAGAGAGGUGCAGGGCUAUAGAUCAGCACAGGUGGAAACUUGUUCAGGAGCAGGUGCCUGGGAGAGACAUCCAUGGGAAGGAAAUUUGGGGAAGAAUUAAGUAAAAACAAUUGGAGGACACUUGGAGAUAUCCGAGAUAGAAAAAAAGCAAAACAGGAUGACUAAGGAGAAGAAGAAUGAGAAGGAGGCCCUCAUUGAGUUCUUUUCCUCAUACCGGGAACUGUUUGAGUUCUUCUGCAGUAACACCACCAUCCAUGGGGCAAUACGGCUGGUCUGUUCCAGGAGGAACCGCAUGAAAACGGCCUUUUGGCUUGUCCUCUUCUUGGCUACAUUUGGCCUGAUGUACUGGCAGUUUGGCCUCCUCUUUGGUCAAUACUUCAGUUACCCAGUCAGCAUCAACCUCAAUGUCAACUCAGAUAAACUUUCUUUCCCUGCUGUGACUGUGUGCACCUUAAAUCCAUACAGGUACGAAGAGAUUCAGAAUGAUCUGCAGGAACUGGACAAGGAGACCCAGAGGACCUUGUAUGAGCUCUAUAAAUAUAAUUCAACUGGGGUGCAAGGAUGGAUUCCUAACAACCAGAGAGUAAAAAGGGAUACACCAGGACUCCCAUACCUACUUGAGUUAGUGCCUCCAGGAUCUGAGACCCAUAGAGUGCCCCGGAGUGUGCUCGAAGAAGAAUUACAAGUCAAACGCAGGGAGUGGAAUAUUGGCUUUAAGCUGUGCAACAAGACUGGGGAUGACUGUUUCUACCAAACCUACGCUUCAGGUGUGGAUGCCAUACGUGAAUGGUAUCGCUUUCAUUAUAUCAAUAUCCUCGCUCGUCUACCAGAGGAAGCAGCUAUUAAUGGGGAACAACUUGAGAACUUCAUAUUUGCCUGUAGAUUUAAUGAGGAUUCCUGUACCAAAGCGAAUUACUCACAUUUUCACCACGCAAUAUAUGGGAGUUGCUACACCUUUAACCAAAACCAAAGUGGCAAAUCCAACCUGUGGAGUUCUUCCAUGCCCGGAAUCAAAAAUGGUCUGACUCUUGUCCUUCGGACUGAGCAGCACGAUUACAUUCCUUUACUUUCCUCGGUGGCUGGAGCAAGAGUUCUUGUCCAUGGACACAAAGAACCAGCCUUCAUGGAUGACAAUGGUUUUAAUAUCGCUCCUGGGAAGGAGACCUCCAUUGGAAUGAAAAAGGAAACAGUCAAUCGAUUGGGUGGGAAAUACAGCGACUGCUCUGAAGAUGGAAGUGAUGUCGAUGUGAAGAAUUUGUUUGACAGCGAGUACACAGAGCAGGUCUGUGUCCGUUCAUGUUUCCAGGCUGCUAUGGUUGCCAGUUGUGGCUGCGGCUAUGCUUUCUAUCCGCUUCCCCCUGGAGAAGAAUAUUGUGAUUACAAUAAGCACAAAAGUUGGGGCCACUGCUACUAUAAACUUAUCACUGAAUUCUCUUCAAACAAACUGGGCUGUUUUACCAAAUGCCGCAAACCAUGUCUGGUGUCAGACUAUCAGCUGACUGCAGGCUAUUCAAAAUGGCCGAACAGAGUGAGCCAGGAUUGGGUGUUUCACACACUGUCCCAACAAUACAACCUGACGGACAGAAAUGGAAUCGCUAAACUAAACAUUUACUUUGAAGAACUGAAUUAUAAAACUAUCCUGGAAUCCCCAACAAUAAAUAUGGUGGUGCUUCUCUCCUUGCUGGGCAGCCAGUGGAGCCUCUGGUUUGGCUCCUCCGUUCUUUCAGUGGUGGAGAUGCUAGAGCUGGUCAUUGAUUUUGUCAUCAUUGGGGUAUUAAUUCUGCUACAUCGUUAUCACUUUAAACAAGCCGAGGAAGGUGAAGAAACCACAGUGGUUCCAUCCCCGGUGCCUCCCUUUGCUCAUCUAGAACAGCAAGUUCCUCGCAUUCCUCACGAUGAUCUCUCCCAACGCCAGAUAGUUGUGGUUGCAGAUAUCACCCCUCCACCAGCGUACGAAAGCCUUGACCUGGUCUCUGUGGGGACAUUAUCCUCUCGCUCAUCCAGCAUGCGCAGCAACAGGUCCUGCUAUGAGGAGAACGGAGGUAGAAGGAACUGAGAGAGGUGGGAGGAAAAAGCCAAGAGAUCUAAAGCAUGAAAUGUGUUGGGAAUGGGGAAAAAUUCGAAGUACUUUGCUGCCUGUUUAUGGAGCUUUUAAUUGGCAGGCCUAGAAUCACUUUAUAUUGGGGGUAGUCACCUUACAAUUAACAUUUUAAAUAUUCUUUAUUUUCAAAUUUUAAAGUAGGAAGGGGGGAGGGAAAGGGUACAGAAAUAAAAGAGGGGAGGGUAUUAGGAGGGGGGAGACAUAGGAUGGUAAGACAAAAUGUGCAAGUACAAUAUCCAUGUUAUUUUAGAAUUAUAUAAAAACAUGGUGAAGGAAGCAAUGUACAUAUAUUGUUAUAUCAUACAUUUUUUAAAAAAAAUAUCAGUAACAGAUACAGUUUUCAUCUAGAAAUCAGCAUUCCAUGAAUUAGGGUACAACGAUAAUGUGAGUGAUAUCAUAAUACAUCAAUCGCCUAUUGAGGUAGAGUUAGUGUUAUGGGGGGUUCGAGUAACCCAUUGAUCUUUAAUCUUUAUUAGUUUGAAUAUAUCUCAACCAAGGCCUCCAGAUAUCCCAAUAUCGAUCACUGUCAACCUUACAAUUAACAUUUAAACAUGUAGAGUAGGGUCCCCAAAUUUUGCUUUCAUUAUAUAGUAUAUCAAUCCACUAUAUCGGAUUAAACUUGCAUAAUAUCUUUAGACAACAAUGUUUUGGGACUGGGCUUUACUUCAUUGUUUUGUUCCUAACGACUUGUCAGAACGAUAAACCUUAUAAAUGGAAAAAUGAGCAAUAAAUCAUUUUAGAUUGGA